AUGGUGAAGAUUGUUGUGGAUUCAGCGCUUCACGUUUGCCUCGUGUUGGGGCUCGUUUCCAGCGUUGUCACGGCUCAAGAAGGAACCACCAACGCUGAUCCAUUGGUCAAGGGUCCUCUGCGCCAUCGAGCUGCUCGUCUUGGUUCUCGACCCAACCUUUUCAAUCUUGGUGACUUUUGGAAGCAAGCCAAGUCGGAUCCUGCUGGUACCCUCGCUGAGUUGGAGCAAACCAAGCAACAAGCCGACACUGAUAUUGAAGAUUUGAUGGGCAUGAUUUUGGAGUCUGGAUUUAGUAUGGACAAUACCAAUCCUCCCACCCUGCGCUCUUCUACCUCUCGAGCUCCCACUGGAAUGCCAUCCCGAGCACCAACUGUGGCACCUAGCAAAGUUGCGUCCUCUGCGCCUACUACCAUGGAACCUACUGUCUCGAUGGCACCUUCGACCACCACUGCUGAUCCAACAUUCCAACCCAGUGAAUUGCCCACCGAUUUGCCAACUGCAUCGGUCCGUCCCAGUAUGGCUCCUACGGAUGAAACGAACGCUCCCACUACUUCUAGCAAACCUAGCAUUUCUACCAAGCCCAGCAAUGUGCCUACCAACCCACCAUCUGUCAGUGAGGGCCCAAGCGUUUCCCAAGCACCAUCGGGAAGACCUUCGGUCUCGGCCGCACCAACAGCAUCUACGCCCAGUACAUCGCCCACGGUCUCUGGCUCUCCCACGGUCUCGAUGCAACCAUCUAGCAACGCCCCGUCCGAUGCGCCAUCAAUGUCGAGUGCUCCAUCGGAACAACCAACUGAAGCUCCAACGGAACAACCAACUAAAGCUCCAACGGAACAACCAACUGAAGCUCCAUCCGAAGAACCAACCUUGGUACCAACUCCUUCUCCUACCAUCUCGACCGCUCCUACCAUAGCCGGUGGUCUACCAGUUCCCUCGAAAAAUCCUUCCCAAUCUACUCUACCAUCCUUGGCUCCUUCUGUCAUGGCAUCAUCCUCUCCAACCUUGUCGGGACAACCCACUUUGGAUUUGGUGCCUUCCAGCUUGCCAUCCAGCCCCCCUUCCAUAUCCAUGAAGCCAUCCAUUGCGCCUUCUCUUUCGGCAACACCCACUUCGUUUGGUUCUACUGUUCCCUCGCAAGGCCCAUCUUUGGCUCCUUCCGGAUCGACCAAGCCCAGUACAGCACCAACGGCACUGCCAUCCAUUGUUCCUACCACUUCGAAAAUGCCAAGUUUGGUUCCGACCAGGGCUCUUUCUGACGUUCCAACUGGUGCUCCUACUGUGAGCGCCGGUCCGAGUAGUCUUCCUACUGUGUCCGUGGCACCAACUAGCGCACCCUCUGUCAGCAUGGGACCAAGUGAAGUACCGACCGUUUCUACCCAACCAUCUGGUGCACCAUCCACCAGCACCCGUCCAAGCAAGGCCCCUACUGUGUCUAUGGCACCAACUAGCGCACCCUCUGUCAGCAUGGCGCCAAGUUCACUACCAACUGUCUCUCCCCAACCAUCUGGUGCACCAUCUGCGAGUGCUAGUCCAACAAGUCUUCCUUCUGUGUCUGUGGCACCAACUAGCGCACCCUCUGUCAGCAUGGCGCCAAGCUCACUACCAACCGUCUCUACCCAACCAUCUGGUGCACCAUCUGCGAGUGCUAGUCCAACAAGUCUUCCUUCUGUGUCCAUGGCACCAACUAGCGCACCCUCUGACAGCAUGGCGCCAAGCUCACUACCAACCGUCUCUACCCAACCAUCUGGUGCACCAUCUACGAGUGCUAGUCCAUCUAGUCUUCCUUCUGUAUCUAUGGCACCAUCCCCGGCUCCUACCAACAGCUUCAAACCGACUGGGGCUCCAACUCUAUCGAUGCGUCCAUCGUCAUCCCCUUCCGUCAGCAGCAACCCUAGCUCGCUUCCAACACUAUCCACGCAGCCCAGUGGGUCACCGUCGGUCAGUUCUAGUCCCAGUGCUACUGCCACAGUUUCGGUCCGUCCAUCGGCUACCCCAACGACAAGUCUUGUACCAAGCAGCACACCAACUGUUUCCAAGCAGCCUUCACUGGCACCUUCAGUUUCUGCGGCUCCCAGUUUGUUGCCAUCCAAUGCACCUUCGGAUUCCUCGGCUCCCACUUUUGUUCCUACCCUUUUGACAUGUGGAAUCACCGUGGAACAACGCUCGGUGGACAUUCGAACCAACAUUUUGACGGUGAGUGAAGAAGCCUUGUUGGAUGAUCCUCUCACUCCACAGGGCCAGGCUUUGGCUUGGUUGAUUGAAGAUGACGACCGCCUUUUGUGUCCACCCGACGACUUGAUUCAACGAUGGGCCGUGGCAGUCAUGUACUUUUCGACGAAUGGUGACAAUUGGGAUCAGUGUUCGGAUGUCGGAAUUGACCUGUGUGGUUCGCAAGACCCGUUCUUGACCAAGCGAAGAUUUUUGAGUUCCUUUAAUGAGUGUCAAUGGGCUGGAAUCUCUUGCAAUAUUUUUUCCAAGGUGACUGAAAUUGAAUUUGAGGAGAACAACUUGGUUGGAACCAUUCCAACAGAGAUUGGCUUGCUCACUGACUUGGCCAUUUGGGGAAUGGAGCGUGGAGGUUUGACUGGUCCCAUUCCCUCUCAGAUUGGGAACUUGAGCAACCUCGUCUUUCUCGAUUUGGAUUUCAACGAUUUGAGUGGGACAAUUCCUAUAGAGCUAUAUUCGCUAGCUGGUCUCACUCAGUUUGAUGUCAACAACAAUCGUCUUUCGGGAAAUAUUGAUCAAAUUGGUGUAUUUGAACAGCUUGAGUUCCUCCAAAUCCAUUCGAACUUGUUUACCGGAACAAUCCCGGCCAGCAUGGGAGCCUUGACUCGGAUGACUACAUUUACAUUGCAUGGGACUGGUUUUACAGGUGCCGUGCCAGAUGAAGUGUGUACCUUGCGUGAUAUCAAUGGAGGCCUUUUAUCUUCUCUGAUUGCCGAUUGUGGUAUCCCUAUUGGCGCUGUGAAUCCAGAAAUUUCUUGCAUUUGUUGCACCGAUUGUCGAAUCGCCUAG